AUGAUUCAGUGUUUGUGCAAGAAGAAUGAGCCUGAUGAGGCAAAACGAGCUUUGGAUGAGAUGAUGGAAAGGGGUUUUGUGCCAAAUGUAGUGACUUUCACUGAGUUAAUUACUUGUUUGUGCAAGAGAGAGUGGAGGAAGCACUUGAGCUAUUGCACAAGAUCAAGAAGUCUACAAAGAGACCGGAUAUAUAUUCAUUCACUUUUGGUCAUUGAUGGAUUUUGUAAGGUUGGAAGAUCAGAUGAGGCGAGGGAGCUACUUGAUGAAGCUCUGGAAAUGGGUCUAGUUCCGAAUGUUGUCACAUAUAAUUCUCUUAUCGGCGGGUAUUGCACAGAAGGCCGGCCUUUGGAAGGGAUUCGGGUUUUGAAGGAGAUGGAAGGAAGAAGCUGCCCUCCAGACUUCAUCAGCUAUAACAUUCUGCUUCAAGGCUUGUUGAGAUUUGGUUUGAUAUCAGUAUCAUUCCAGACUUAUAUGAAAAUGCACAAUGCAGGGUUUCAAGCAUCAGAAAGAGUGAUGAACACACUCCUUAGGGGCCUUUGCCGUAAAUCUACAAGAAAUGACGAACCUCUCAAAGAAGCUAAGGAGUUGUUUGAGCAGAUCAUGGAAUUGGGUUAUCCCCUAUCCCCUUACACAUACUGCCUGAUGGUGCAAGCUCUUGCUGAGAAAGGAGAGGUUAGUCAAGCUUUCAAUCAUUUGCUCGAAAUGAUUGGGAAAGGUUAUUCUCCAAGAAUGCUGACAUACAACGUCGUUCUCCGAGUUCUCUGUAGGGAUGGUAGAGUUGAUGAUGCAAUGUAUGUUUUCAUUCUUAUGCUUGAGAAAGAUACAAUUCCUGGCAAGUUCUCUUUUAGUGUCUUGAUUGGUGAGUUAGAAAGGCAAGGAAGACUGCUGGAUGCUUAUGGAGUGUAUGCAGCUGCAGUGAAGUGGGGUGUAGUUCCCAAAAGGAUACCAGGAAAACAACUGAAGGCUGGAAAUGAACAUUUUCAUUCAAUACAAGGAGAUGAAUGCAAAGAAUGA